AUGGAGUCCUCAGGCUCGUAUAAUUCCCUGCCUGAUGAGACGCGUAGAGGACCUUUAGAGCAAGCGUUCCGCCGCCGCACCGUGCGAGACGUGCUAGCACUCGUCGACGACCUCGACGCGAAGGCGGAGUUCGCGCCGCUCGAACGCGCGUACGUCGUCUACUCCGUGCUGAAGACGAGGCAGUACGCGGACGAGGGCGCGCGCUGGGCGAACCUUGGAGCAAUCAUUUUCUUCGUCGGCAUCGUUUGUGCGGCGCUGACUCCCGCACUCGUUGCUUUGACUGGCAUGUACGCCUUCAGCAACGCUCCCAAGUUCCACCGUCUCCAGUUCGCCGCGAUCUGCGCUUCUCUAAUGGGCACCAUCGCGCACGCGCUCGAUGAUUCGUUGAGGCUCCGGCAGCGCGGCCGGGCGCGAAUCGACCACGCGUGCGAGAUGCGGGAGCUCUUUGACUCGUACUGCGCAGUGUCCAUGGAAUCAAGGAGUGAGUCGACCCCGGGGCUCGACGUGAUAUGGCACAGGUACUGCAACCUCGCGGGCCCGUUUGUCGCGGAUGCCGAAGCGCCCGCGACGUCCCACCGCGGCGCCGCCUACCUCACGUACUGCGACGCGUUCCGGCGGCUCCAGGAGCGGUGCCGCGCGGACGCCGCAACGCGGUGA